UGCAAGGAACCAAAACAAAGCAUUAAGAGAGAGAGAAAGGAGGAGGGAGUACAUAAGACUCUGCGUAGCCAACUUUUUUUGAUUAUUUGAAUUCUUCAAUCUCCAUCAAUGGCGUCUGGCAAAAGCUACUACGCUCGUCCCAACUACCGAUUCCUCUCCGGCGAUCGUGACGUUCCUGCGAUCACUUCCGAGGCCGUCAUAGAGCUUGACGAGUCCGAUAUCUGGAGCUCCUCCCACUCUGCCUCGCCCGAGUUCCGCAAUCCAGUGCCGAGUUCGCGACUCGCGAAGAAGCCGUCGAAGCGUGGAGAGUCAGGCGAUCGCAGCACCGCGACGGUCGGAUCGCUGCCGGUAAACAUUCCGGACUGGUCCAAGAUCCUUAGAGAGGAUUACAGAGACAAUCGGAGCAGAGAAGCAGACGACGACGAUGAUGACGAUGACGACGAUGGCGACGCAGCCAGCCGAGUCCCUCCGCACGAGUUCCUGGCAAGGCAGUUUGCGAGGACUCGGAUCGCUUCCUUCUCGGUGUACGAAGGGAUUGGGAGGACUCUGAAAGGGAGAGAUCUGAGCAGGGUAAGGAAUGCAAUCUGGGAGAAAACUGGAUUCCAAGAUUAACACGACGGAAAAAAAAAUAAAAUUGACAAAUAGCAGGCGAAAAAUUACGUUAGUGUCCAUCAGAAAAAGAGAGGUUUCUUCUCCAUAGUUUUGCUUCUCCUGACAGGGAUUUUUUUUUUUUUUUUGGUGUCAUUUUGUUCCAUUUUAUUUUAUUUUGGGGUUAAUGACUGCGAGGAUGUGAUGAAGAGGAUGAUUUCAGUUCUUGUAAUUCUAACUUUUCUUUGAGACUGUAUUCGAAUUUACAGAGAAAGUAACGGUAUUUUGUUUUCUUUUCU